ACACUUAACAGCAACUUUUGAAAGGAGAUAAAAAGAGAGCUAAAUACUUAUAUUUACAAAUACAAAAUUAGUAACUCGAAAUUAAGUGUAUUUAUCUUAUAGUAUUUCAUAAUAAUACUUAGGAACCGAAUCAAUAAUUUUAAGAGAGAUCCUCAUUUCAUCAUGGUAAGUAAUAUAUAAUUGUCGUUAUUAUACUUAUUGCAUACGUUGGAAAUAUCAAAAGAAAAACAAACAAGAAAGAAAAGUCUAAAAGUCAACAAGAAAGAAGGAAUCAUUAAACAGAAGCAAUAAUACUUGCUCAAACUUCCUUUGUUCAUUUUAAUGACCAUUAGUUUUUUUUUCCUUUGACAUCAAAAUGAUGACCAUUAGUUAUAGACCCAAAAUGCUACAAUAAUAAUAUAAUCUGAUAUGUCCCAUUUUUUGUUAACUAAUUAUAAAUAUUUUAAUCAAAAUUUAAACUGAACCGAACCCUUAAUUUUGGAAUCUGAAAAUUCACUUCAUAGUAAAAAUAAGAACAAAAUAUGUUGACAUAAAAAAAAAUAUUUUACAAACACUUUCUCGCUCUAAAACCCUCACAGUUCCUCUCUCUUUCCCUUUUUCACAACCAUUUAUUAGAUUCCUCUUCUCUCAAUAGCCUCUCCUUCUCUUUUCUAUUGGAUUGUAAUAGACUGAUAGCACAAGGAACCAAACCAAAAAAAAAAAAGAGAAAAGAAAGAAAAACAAAUUAUCUCUUAGAAAACUUCUCUUCUUUUGGUUUGAUUUUUAAUUAUCAGGAAACUGUUUUCUUAGUUUUUUCUUCAGAUUUGAAUUUCCUCAAAGGAAGUUUCUGGGUUUUUUUUCUUGGCUUUCAAAUCUCUUCUUGUGCACAAAAAAAGAAGAAAAACCUUUACUGGAUUUUUUUCAUUUGCUAGAAAGAAGCCUCUUAAUAGUUUAUACCCCUGUUUUUGUAUAUACCAUUUAUAGCUCAAUAUUAAACAAAAUCUGUAAACUUUAAAUUCUCAUUGUUAAGUCUAUAAAAAUUGGAACUUUUCUCUGAAAACAUAUUUCAGAGAAAAGCAAAAACAAAAAACAGAGAGAGAGAGAGAGAGAUAAUGGGGAAGCAAGGACCUUGCUAUCACUGUGGAGUUACAAGUUGUUUUAAUAUAUGCUUUUGUUAACAAAGUGUAACAAUCAUUGAAGAAAUACAGCAAAGACUUCCUGGACCUCAAGAACAUUAAUGAUCAUUUGGGAAUUAAAAUAAAUUUUGCUUUUUGUUUAAUGAUCAACGCACACCUCUGUGGCGAAAUGGGCCACCAGAGAAGCCAGUUUUGUGCAAUGCGUGUGGAUCGCGUUGGAGAACAAAGGGAACACUUGUGAACUACGCUCCACUUCACGCACGUGCUGAUGGUGAAGAGAACCAAGAUCAUCAGAGGUAUCAAAGAAUGAAGAGCAUCUCUUUAAGUAACAAGAACACAGAAACCAAGAUGCUCAAGAGGAAAGCAAUUCAAGAAAGCCUCCCCAAUAAAAGACCGGUCUUAGAAUUCAAUUAUGGUCUGAAAAAGGCCAUGAUAGAGGAGGAUGCUAGUAACAGAUCAAGCUCUGGUUCGGCUAUAUCAAACACCGAGAGUUGUGCACAGUUUAGCAGUGCAGGAGAUGGGAGUGAGUUAAAUGCUUGGGAGACGACUGUUCCUUGCAAGAGGAGGACGUGUGUGGGACGUCCAAAGACAUCAUCUUCUGUUGAGAAGCUCACGAAGGACCUUUUCAAUAUUCUACAAGAGCAGCAGCAAUCGUCAGUUUCAUCAGAGGGAGAAGAUCUUCUUUUUGAGUCAAUGUUCUCUGCUGAGAUUGGACAUGGGAGUGUUCUCAUGAUGGAUCCUCCUCACUCGUUUGCUCGGGAAGAGGAGUCUGAAGCCAGCUCACUCUCAUCCAUCAGUGAUGCAUACUCACAUUCCGUGAAGCGUGCUGAGAUUGGAGCAGUGAGAGGUUCAGAGUUUGUUGGACAAGCAGUAAAGCAAGAGCAGCUCAAGAGGACCAAGUCUCAAACUGGAAGAGUGCAUGUCCUUGGGAGCCAUAGUUCACCACUUUGUACCAUAGACUUGAAGGAUGUUUUCAACUUUGAUGAGUUCACAGAACAAUUCACAGAGGAAGAACAGAAGAAACUAAUGAAACUACUUCCUCAGAUUGACUCUGUUAACCUUCCUGAUAGCCUCAGAAUGAUGUUUGAAAGUGCUCAGUUCAAAGAGAACUUCUCUUUGUUUCAGAAACUUAUUGCAGAUGGUGUCUUUGAGAUGCCUUCUUCCUCUGGGGCAAAACUGGAAGACAUAAGGGCUUUUAAGAAGCUUGCAUUGUCUGAUUUUAACAAAUCUCGUUUGGUGGAAAGCUAUAACCACCUUAAGGAACGUGAAAAGGGGACCGGAGAUUCUGUUACUACAACAACUUCAAGAAGCUCAUUAAACCCAAAUGUACCUAAAACUAUUGUGACCAUUAAGAAACAUUGUGAAAACCAAACUCAAGUCAAGUCAGAGUCGAGAGGGCUUAUGAGGAGUCCCAAAAGUGUGACAAAGAUGAAAGCAAGCGAUGAAAGCAAAGUUCUGACAGAGAACAACGGUUCUUGCUUCAGCCCAAGAAGUUUAGCUUCUGUGUUUGCGCAAGAGAGUGGUGGUACUACAUUGUUCGGCAAUGAGAAUAACUGCAGUUCUGAUCAAGAUCUGCUUCUUAUGGACUUGCCAUCAAAUGGGUCGUUUCCUCAAGCAGAGCUGCUUCACCAACUUUGAGGGGAUAAAGCUUUAAACUCCAUGGUGCUUCUCAGUGGUAAUGGAAGGAUGAGAGACUCUUAAGGCUUUUGAUUGAGAUUGAUAAAAGAGACUCUUAGGCUUUCUGAGAGAAGGGACCAAAGUGAAGUUUCUGCUUUAGAAACUGGAAUAUGCAGCAUGAAAAUAACUUAUUUCUAUUUGAGUCUUGGCUUCUCUUUGGUGGUUAAGGUGGGUCUUACAUAUAUAUAUAUAUAUACAUACUAUUAUAAGGUGGUUCUUAUAAAUACAUAAAUAUACAUAAUGCCUCUUCCUUUUCAAUGAACCUUUCUCUUUCAAUGAACCUUUUAAACUUGAAAGUUCCAUUAUUUUCAUUUUU